AAAAAAUUGCAAUUAGGUUAAAUAAAUAACGAAUAGAAAAAAAAAUAAGUGUCGUGAUAAGUGUGAAGUGAAGUUAUGAGAUAAAAGUUGACAAUAAAUAUUAUCUCUUGAGAAGUAUUAGAACACAUUAAACAAUGAAAAAAUCCGAGACUGAAGACUCGAAUGACGAUGUCUUUUAUUCAUUGUCAUCUGCUGUAUCUGUUACGGCAUCUUCAGAUAUCACACGAACGCCAUCGUCAUCGCCGUCAACGAGUCAAACGAUCGCAGGCACGUCAGAAACGAAACCAAAAGGAUUGAGUCGUUUAAAGUCAUUUCGACCCCGCAAAUUGAUACCAAAAAGAUUCAAAACAAGUGUUGGCGCGAUAGAUGUUACGCCUGAAACGUUAACGACGUUAUUGCCUUCUGAAGAAAAUCCAUCAGAAAAAGGAAAAAAAGCAUCUAAAAUUCCAAAAAGAACGAAAGCUUCACAAAUUGUUCGUCGUUUUACGUUUAAGAAAGGACAAAAAGUUGGUCCAAAAGGAACAGAAUUGGAUGAAGAUAAUACGUCAACAACGACAAGUUCGAAUACAACUCCUAUGAGUUUGAAACGUGAAACUCCCGAAGGCGCGACAUUGAGUAUAUCGGAUCAAAGUUUGUGCGUUGUCGAAGAAAGAAGCGUCGAGGAAAGUUCAAGUGAGCGAAAAUCAAGUAGCGCAAGCUCAACGACAAAGCAGGAAUUGAAAAUUACAAUUUCAGGUAAAAAGAUUGAAAAGCUCAAACGAAUGUACGAAAAUACAGCGACAAAUGACGAUACAACAACAAGACCAUUUGAGGAAUUGAAAUACGAUGUUAGUGCAGUAAUAACGAGAGAUACUAAUACGGCUUCCUCAUCCACAGACAAAACGAGUUUGAAUGCAGUCAUGAAAACGAAGAAUAAUAGUAAAAAGUCACCGAUUGUACUUUUGCCUUCUCCCCCUCCAUCGCCGCAAAUGUCUAUUCACAUACCAUUGAAACCCGACACAUCUAAACCAAUUAGUACCAUUCCAACACAACAGCAGGAUCAAAUUGCAUCGACGACGUCGACAAUCAGGUUAGCACCUAAUGAAACUCGAGAUAUCGUCACAAAUAGUGACGAGCAUUCGCCAAGACAACAACCCACGGAGACGACGCAAAAAAACACGACAAUCAGCGAUAUUAAGUCUCUGAAGGCACGACUUAUCAACAAGCUCAAUAUCAAUCGCAGCGUUCACGAUAUCACGCCAAGUGUCAAAGCACCUGUUGCCCCAUACGAAAUAUCCGACAAAGAAAUUUCGAAUAUUAUCGCAUCGGAUGUCAAUCAACUGAGUCCCGAAGAAUAUCAGGAAUUCAUACGAAAGGAUCGAGAUAAAAACUUCUCGGAAAAUACUCGAAUUUUUACGUUGUCUGAACUACAAGAUCCUUCUAUGAAGCGCAGUGAAGGGACUGACAAACAAUCGACGAAACAACUGAGCAGUAAGAAACGUUCAAAAAAGUCGCCAACACAAGAAUCGAGCGAUUCGGGAUUAUCGACGAGUGUUCAUGUGCAAGAGCCGCAAAAGCCUUAUCAAAAACAGUUAAGUGCAAAUGCAUCAAAUGAGCCUGAAAUUACAUUGAGUGUUCAUGAAGACGAGGACGAGGUUACGAUAAGCAAAGGAGGAGAAAUUAGUUUUCGCAUUGGAACACCUGUUAGACCUCCGCCUGCAAUUACACACAUUACAGAAUCAAUUUCGAUCGACAGUAACACAGACAACAACACAAAAUCGUUGGAAGAAAUCAGUUCAAUAAGCUCUGAGUCGCAAUCUCCUCCAUUAAGUGAAAAUUCACGUCGAAAGAUCAAAUAUUUGCCCCAACCAACAAUCUAUUCGCCUGAAGAACAAGCACUUUUGGAAGGAAAUUUCGGACCUCCAAGCAGUUUUAUCGGAAGUGAAUACAGCAUCGAUUAUUCCUUGAAUCCAAUGAGUAUGGUAGAUAGUACAGGAGAAGAAAAACAAUUUAAUCAAUCUACUGUCGCGACAAAUUUAAAAAUGUCAUCGUCAGAGAAACGUGAACAUCUUUACAAAAUUUUGGUAAUAGGAGAAUUAGGAACGGGAAAAACUUCUUUCAUCAAACGCUAUGUGCAUCAAUUUUUCAGUCAAAAUUAUCGGGCAACGAUAGGCGUUGAUUUUGCAUUGAAAGUCUUGAAUUGGGAUCCAAAUACAAUUAUUCGAUUGCAACUAUGGGACAUUGCAGGUCAAGAACGCUUUGGAAAUAUGACAAGAGUGUAUUACAAAGAAGCUGUGGGCGCCUUUAUUGUUUUCGACGUUACGCGAACAUCAUCUUUUGAUGCCGUAAUUAAAUGGAAACAAGAUUUAGACUCAAAAGUUCAAUUGCCGGAUGGAAGUUCGAUUCCUUGUAUACUAUUAGCGAAUAAGUGCGAUCAACCUAAACAAGGCAUCGUGACAACGCCCGCUAAAUUAGAUGAAUAUUGUAAAGAAAACGGCUUUUCCGGAUGGUUUGAGACUUCAGCCAAGGAAAAUAUUAACAUUGAUGACGCCGCGAAAGCUCUUGUAAAUAAAAUCUUAGCGAACGAUAAAGUUAUGAACUCCAAUGAAGCUGAAACGGAUGGGUUUGCUUUAGAUGGUCGUGAUAACGGAACAUCCAAGAAAAACUGUGCCUGCUGACAAACUUUUGUAAAAGCUUUACAAUUUUUACUAAAUUUUACCGCAAUAUCAUCCUUUUCCCUAAUUUGAUUUUAUGUAGAGCAAAAAAUCUUGUAUUGUUUAGCGAAAAUUAAAUUGUAAAAAUAAACUGCUUGCCUUAAAAAUAUAUAUUGUAUAACGUAUGUUUAAAAAUUGUAUCAAAAACGUGCAUAAUUUUAGAAAAUAUAAAUUUUUUAAGCUUGAAAAGCGCCUUUUAAAAGAUGUGU